AUGUUAUCACAUAGGGUCAUUCGUGGUUUGUCAACUAUCACUCGUAUUCCUUACAAACAAGUUCACGUACCACUACGCCAGCAGAAGCGCUGCCUCAACGUUACCAAGAUGUCCAAGUUCCCCACACCCUCAAGCGACCCUCCCAAGCAUGAGAUGCAGUACUUCCCUGAUAUGACUACGGCCCUGCCGUCUCAGUCAGGUGAAUUCCGCCGUGUGCUUUGGACUGGACUCUACUCCCAAGUUGUUCUCAUGACCGUUCCCGUAGGCGGAGACAUCGGCGAAGAAAUUCAUACUGUUGACCAAAUCCUUACCUUCACUUCGGGACAAGGACUCGCUCAAGUGGGUGGAAAGGAACAGGAGGUCAAGGCGGGAGACAUGGUCAUCGUUCCGGCAGGGACCAAGCACCAAUUCUUGAACAAGGGCCCAACUCCCUUGAUCUUAUACACGGUAUACUCGCCAGCCGAACACAAGCAGACUAGUGUUCACAAGACGAAGGAGGAGGGUGACAAGGAAGAGGAGGAAGGCAUUGAUGAGCCACCGGCAUGGAGUCAGCGGAGCAAGGAGCAGAACGAGAAGGAAGGUUGGGUAAAGGGCGAGUAA